AUGUUGCGAAGUAACGGUUCAUCUAGCGAGCUGUCCGGGUUCGUGGACUCUGACGGCAUGCAACUUGCCUCCAUGGGCUACACUCAAGAUCUGAAAAGAAAUUAUUCAGUUUGGUCUAUCCUGGGAGCAGGAUUCUCACUCACCAACUCAUGGUUUGGUGUGUCCAUCGCAAUGGUGACUGGUAUCAAUUCGGGCGGCCCUGUCUUGCUUGUCUACGGUAUCAUUGUCGUCAUGUUGGUCAGUAUCUGCGUUGGUGUCAGUUUGAGUGAACUUGCCAGUGCGCUCCCAAACGCAGGUGGACAGUACUUUUGGACCAACGAAUUGGCCUCGAGAAAAUACGCCAAAUUCUCAAGCUAUCUUACCGGCUGGUUCUCUUGGGCUGGAUCUAUCUUCUCGUGCACAUCAACCACUAUCGGAGUAGCAAGUGGACUCGUCGGAUGCUGGCAACUCGCUCAUCCGGACUACGUCGUCAAGGACUACCAUGUUUUCGCAACUUACCUUAUACUUACAUGGUUCUGCUUCUUGUUCAACUGCUACGGCAAGAUUUUGCCCUCAAUUGCUACGGUUGGACUUUACUGCUCUCUAAUCUCAUUCGUCGUAAUUUUGGCCACCGUACCGGCCACAGCACCAAGUCACCAAACCCCUAAGUUCGUCUUCGCAACCUUUAUCAACAACACUGGCUGGACCAACUCCGGUAUUGCCUUCAUCACUGGACUAAUCAACGCCAACUGGGCCUUCGCAUGUCUUGAUUGCGCCACGCAUUUGGCUGAAGAAGUACCUCGUCCCGAAAAGAUGAUACCCAUUGCUAUCAUGGGUACGGUCGCUAUCGGAUUCGUCACUAGCUGGUGCUUUGUCGUUUCCAUGCUGUUCAGCAUCGUUGGAGAUUUCCAGGAUGUCGCCAAUAGCUUGACUGGAGUGCCGAUUCUCCAGCUCUUCUACAAUGCUCUUAACAACACCGCUGGGGCUAUAGCCUUAGAAGCCCUCAUCAUCUGUACCGGUUUGGGCUGUGUCAUUGCAGGGCACACUUGGCAGAGCCGCCUGUGUUUCUCUUUCGCUAGAGACCGUGGCGUGCCAGCCCACAAGUGGCUUAGCAAGGUCGACCCUAAGCUGGAUGUCCCUUUGAACGCUCACUUCACUAGCUGUGUCAUCGUCACCAUUGUCGGUUGCAUGUAUCUGGCUUCUACCGCAGCAUUCAACGCCAUGUCUAGUGCUUGCAUCGUCCUGCUCUACAUCUCUUACGCCAUUCCAGUCGUCUGUCUUUUGUGCAGAGGAAGACAGCAAUCUCUCACUGGUCCCUUCAACCUCGGCGUAUUUGGACUCAUCUCCAACUACGUCCUACUUGCAUGGACAGUCUUCACGCUCGUUCUAUACUCAUUCCCGUCUUACAUGCCCGCAACUGCCGGAAACAUGAACUACGUUUGUGUCGUUUACGCAGUCGUCUGUUUUAUCAUCGCAGUCGAUUGGUUCUCAAGGGGCAGAAAGUCCUACAGAGGACAGGAGGAUAGACAUGUUGAUGUCGGCGACAACGACAUCUUCGUCAAACCGAUUGCGAGCGCGACGGAAGCAUAG